GGGGAAGAUGAGGACACACCUUGCAGCAGAAAGACUGAAUAAUUCUGAAAAGGAGAUGAUGAGGAAGGACUUGAACAAACUUCAUUUCACACAUGAGUGUGUGUGUGUGUGUGUGUGUGUGUGUGUGUGUACAUACACUCGCCCUUUUGUGGCUAGAGCCCUUGUGUCCUGUCUCCAUUCCUCUUCUCCCUCCUAGAGGCCAACUGCUGUCACUCCACGCUCUGCCAAGAAGGAGGGAACUGCAGUGACAGCAGGGGUAAGGCCAGGCAGAGCUGUGGGACACAGACAGAUAGAAGGAGGGAAGCGCCCAGGCUACGUGACAGACCACAGAAAGAACAGAGCAUCAGGCCAAGCGGAGGCCUGAAGCAGAGGAGGGAGAGCAAAGGGGGACAGAAGACAGGAAAGUCUGUGGGUGACAGGGGGGCCUAGCAAUGAUGGGAACAAAACAGCACGGCCCCAGGCUGUCCUUGGCCUUGAUGCUUCUGAGCCUCAGAGCUGGGUGUGCCCAAGAAGGGUCGGAGCCUGUCCUGCUGGAGGGGGAGUGCCUGGUGGUCUGUGAGCCAGGUCGGCCUGCCGCCGGGGGGCCUGGGGGAGCAGCCCUGGGAGAGGCACCGCCAGGAAGAGUGGCCUUUGCUGCAGUCCGAAGCCACCACCAUGAACCGGCAGGGGAAACCGGCAAUGGAACCAGUGGUGCCAUCUACUUCGACCAGGUCCUGGUGAAUGAGGGUGGUGGCUUUGAUCGGACCUCAGGCUGCUUCGUGGCUCCUGUCCGUGGAGUCUACAGCUUCCGAUUCCAUGUGGUAAAGGUGUACAACCGCCAAACUGUCCAGGUGAGUCUGAUGCUGAACACGUGGCCAGUCAUUUCAGCCUUUGCAAAUGACCCUGAUGUGACCCGAGAGGCAGCCACAAGCUCUGUGCUGCUUCCCCUGGACCCUGGGGACCGGGUGUCCCUGCGCCUUCGUCGGGGGAAUCUUCUGGGUGGCUGGAAGUAUUCAAGCUUCUCCGGCUUCCUCAUCUUCCCACUCUGAAGACCCAUGCCUUUAAAAGACAGAUAGCUAGCAUCUGACCCUUCUGCCCUCCCCUGCCCCAGAAACAAGUAUGGAGCAAGAGAAAGGCCCCUCCUUGCAUGCGACCCUGUGGGAAACGCCCAAGGCCUAGAGUAGAAGAGAGCAGAGCUAUGGAACCUCCUCACCACUACCGUUCAAGUUGCCCUUCCAGCCUCCUGCCUGCACUCAGGCUGAAAGCAGGAUUUGGCAAGAGGAAGGCUAUCACCGCUUCAUUCUCCACUCCUCCUGCUCUCCACCCCAGCUUCCUGCUCAGUGCUAUUUGGUGACAGGUGGCACAGGUAAGCUUGACAGGCUCCCACAGGGGCCCAGAUGGACCAGCCUCAUAGAACCCGCAGGCUUCAUCCUGUGAGGAGUGCCAGCAGGAGAGAUCUCAGCCAGCACCGUAUGAACAGGGGCUGGCAGCUCAACCACAAGAAGAAGUGUGGGGAGGGCCACAGAGCACCCAUAGCUGGAGAGAUGGGAUGGGGACAUGUGCCUACUCUGAACAUGAUAAACAUUCUGCAGAUAAACUGGGACAGUCAGUGGGCAGAAAUCCUGCCAUCCAUCUGUGCCAGGUCCCAAUGGACUCUGGCCCUCAUCUCCUGACGAGCCUGAGGCUCUGGUGUGUGUGUGUGUGUGUGUGUGUGUGUGUGUGUUUGCUCUGACAAACAGGGAAACUAGAGCAGGUAUACAGAGCUGGAGGCAGGGUCAAAAGUCACACAUGAGCCACGGAACACAUCAGUGACCCUAUGUCCUCCUACUUGGCCACCUCCUAGAACUGCCCCACCUCUGAAAUCUGAGUUUCAGUCAUGCCUCACUCUUGACUGACACCUCCUUCCUCUAGCUGCUUCUCGGCUGAGUGUAGCCUGUCCCCACCAUCACUGUUUCUCUACAGUUAUACUAGCUUAUUUACCUUCUUAAGUUUCCUGCUACCUUGGGAGUCCAUGAUUCAUCCCUCCAACUACUCUCCCUCCAGCAUCAGAAAUUCUCUUUCAUCCCAUUGUCCUGAUGGUCCAGUAUGAAUAGACCUGUCUAGAGCAGCUGGAGAACUGUGGUUGGUAAAACACUAUACUCCUCACCUCAGAGAGAGUGCAGUUUGGAACAAGGAUUACAGGUUUGAAGCACACAUGCCAUGCUGAAGAGAAAAUAAAUUCAAAACUGAGCAUAACAGUCAAGGGGUUUUGUUUUUUGUUUUUUUGGGGGGGUUUUGUUUUGUUUUGUUUUUUGUUUUUUGUUUUGUUUUGUUUGUUUGUUUGAGACAGGGUUUCUCUGUGUAGCCCUGGCUGUCCUGGAACUUGCUUUGUAGACCAGGCUGGCAUCUAACUCAGAGAUCCGCCUGCCUCUGCCUCCCUGAGUGCUGGCUGGGAUUAAAGGCUGCGCCACCACCACCAAGCUAACAGUCAAAACAUUAAAGGGGAAAAUAGUACUCAAGUUAAGUAAAUACCAGAACAAGGUUGUGGUUUUAAAAUAAAAAUCUGGAUGUUCACUCAGGAAACAGAGGCAUGUGGAGCUCUGUGAGUUUCAGGCAAGCCAGGUCUACAUGGUACGACCUGUCUUAAAAGAGAAAGAGAGAGCAGGAAGAAAAGAAAGAGAAAGAGAAAUGAGGCUGGAGGUGUAGCUCAGAGGCAGAAGCUAAUGUUCAUGAAGCACCAGGCUUGAAACCCAGCGGGGGAGGGGGAAGGGAGGUGGUGUUGGUGAGAAAGAGGUGGAGGAGCCCAUACUUUGUGAUCAGGAAGAAUAGUUUAAAAAAGGUAAGAAAUCAAUUCUGCUUUACUUUGAAGAAUCUGCAGCCAGGAUGUUCAGGGUGAAUAGCUACUUAAAAUCCCGACAGCCCAGUCCCCCUUUCCCAGAGGCACUGCAAAGAGCAAGAGAACAAAUGACACAGCUCCUUCCUUAAAAGGUGUCCUGACAGCUGCCUACACCAUUUCUGACUGCGCCUCAUUGCCAGAAUGGAGUCACACUUGGCCACACCAAGCCAGGACAGGCUAAGAAACAAUCUUAUCUUUUUGUAGUAUUUUCCAUGUGUAUGCAUCGUGGGUCGUGUGUGUGUGUGUGUGUGUGUGUGUGUGUGUGUUUAUGUGUGUGUGAGAGAGAGGGAGUCAGAGGAGAACCUUGGGUGUUGGUCUGCACCUACCGUGUUUGAGACAGGAACUCUAAUUUAUCCCUGCAUACACCAGGCUAGCUGGUCUGGAAGCUUCUAGAAUUCUAUCUUCCCCUAGGAACACAAGGAUUACAGAUGCAUGGGUUAUGGCUGGCUUAAAUGUGGGUUCUAAGGACCUGAGCCCAAGUCAUCAGGCUUGCACAGCAAGUGUUCUAACCACUGGGCCAUCUCUGCAGCCCACAGAGCUUAUUCUAGGCAACCACGUCCAGCUGGAAGUCAGGAGUCUUACAUUAAGGAAGAAGAAUAAUUUGACAUUGGAAGGUUUUCAAAAUAUGAUAGACUGGAUUAGCUUGUUACUACCAAGCGGUAUGAGCCGCUGUUUGUUUAUUGCAGUUUCUGUAUGUCAACAGUCUUACAGAGCAUGGCUAUUUUCUGAUCAAGGUUCACAGAGUUGAAAGUAAGGUGGAAGAAGAGGGAAGAAACCACUUUCAAACUCAUUUAGAAUUCUGCUCCUUAGAGCUGUGGCACUGAUAUCCCCAGUCCCCUUUGCUUUCCAGCCAAAAGCUGCAGUCCCGGCCCCGCCCUUUGCCUCUCUCCAGCCUAUGCCUGCAGCGUCUUUCUGACUUCCAUGGGGAAAGUUCAUGGAAUCUGGACCCACCCAGAACAUACAGAACACUUUCUAUUUUAAGGUCCUCACCUGCGGUGUGUAUGCAAAGCCCCAUGCCGUGUAACAGCACGUGGAGACAUCUUGGUGAUUAGGGUAGGGGCUCUGAGAGAUCUUGCUUACCACAGACUUUGAAUCUUGGCGCAGCUCACCCAUCACUUGGAGAGAUGUGAGUCUAAGACACCCAAGAUAAAGAUCAGCGCCAACACAGGUUUUGUCUUGUUUUGUCUUAUUUUUCAGGCUAUUUUUGUUUUAUUUGGAUGGGUGUUUUGUCUGUGCACCACAUGCAUACAGUUCCCUUUAGAGGCCAGAAAAGGGUGUCAGAGCCCUUGAGACUGGAGCUGUGAGCCGCCAUGCGGGUGCCGGGAAUGUCAGCUGGAUCCUGUGCAAAAGCAGCCAUCGCUCUUAACCACUGAGCCAUCCCUCCAGCUCCCCAACACACAUACGCGCACACACACACACAUACAUACAUACAUGCACACGCACACACACAGGUUUAAUCAUCUUAGAAGGUAAAUAAUUUCCUACCUAGCCAAGAAUUCAUUGGUUGCUAGUUCAAGACUUCCUUCCCAUGGAGAGAAUGUUCCCUCUUUUCUUAUGACCCAGAAACAAAUGACUGAUCUUUAGGCCGCACAGCUGUGUAUCCUAAUUUUUUUUCAUGUUUUGAAUUUGAAAACCAAAUUCAAAAUUUGGUCUGAGUGAGAGAGCAUCCACUUCGUAAUCGACAAACUCACUUUUCCAACAGUGGAGUGGAGGUUUCAAACUGGACAGUCCAGUCUAGUGUGGUGGCAUACGUGUAAAGUCGGCACUUGAAACAGUAAGAUCCGGAGUUGAGAGCUGCCUGGGCUGCACGGACCGUUACACAUGCACACACAGACAAAACUUGUAGAAUGCGUGCGGUGAUGGGUUUGCUUUAUCAAAAUGUUCAAAGCUUUUAAAGGAGCAGACCUAUCAGACUUGUGACUCCAUUAAAAUAUUCAGGAGGAUUUAAUUGAAUUUGUAACAAUGUUUAAGUGAUUUGACUUAUAAAAUGUAUAGAAUCCUA